CAGUUUCGACGAUUCGUAUGUGAGAUCGUUCGUUUCUCGCGGAUUUCCUGCCUUAAUUCCUCUCUCUGCUCCGGAUAAACUAUUGAACCUUGUUUCGCGUUAAUUACCCUCAAGUGAUUAUUUAUCCAGACAUUUCUGGUACAGAUUUUGUAUAUGUUUAAUGAGACGAUACGGACGCGGUUUCUCUCAUUAAACUACCGGUUCUUCGAGUUCUUCAUAUUGACUUUAGGAGGAUCUACGUCAGUGAGCGCCAAGGGCGCCAUGAAAGAAAAAAGUAAAAACGCAGCACGUAGCAGAAGAGAAAAAGAGAACGCGGAAUUCAUUGAAUUGGGAAAAAUGCUCCCAUUACCUGCAGCCAUUACCACACAAUUGGAUAAAGCGUCCAUUAUCAGACUGACGACUUCUUAUCUGAAAAUGCGACAAGUCUUUCCCGACGGAUUGGGAGAUGCCUGGGGUGCCACUCCAGUAAUACCGAACCCAAGAGAAACCCUACUCAAAGAAUUGGGUUCGUAUCUCCUACAAACUCUGGAUGGAUUCAUUUUUGUCGUGGCACCGGAUGGUAAAAUUAUGUAUAUUUCCGAAACUGCUUCGGUACACCUGGGUCUGUCACAGGUAGAGUUAACUGGAAACAGCAUUUACGAGUACAUCCAUCCGGCGGACCACGAAGAAAUCGCCGCGGUGCUGACGCCCUCUUUGCCCUAUACGAAUGCCCCGUCUGGUCACGACUAUGAAAUGGAGAGGGCGUUUUUUUUGAGGAUGAAGUGUGUGCUCGCGAAAAGAAACGCCGGGUUAACCAACGGUGGAUAUAAGGUGAUCCACUGCUCGGGCUACUUAAAAAUCAAACAAUUUCCGGCGGGCAAUGGCGUUCCUUACGAAUCGGGAUGCUUUCAAAAUAUGGGUUUGGUCGCCGUGGGUCAUUCGUUGCCUCCGAGUGCCAUCACGGAAAUCAAGUUGCACACGAAUAUGUUCAUGUUUAGGGCCCAUCUGGACUUGAAACUGAUAUUCAUGGAUGCCAGGGUGACCCAAUUGACAGGCUACGAACCGCAAGAUUUAAUUGAACAUACGCUGUACCAAUACAUUCAUGGCAGUGACACUUUGGCCAUGAGAACCUCGCAUUAUCAAUUAUUAUGCAAGGGCCAAGUAACAACGAAAUACUACAGGUUUUUAUGUAAAGGUGGCGGUUGGGUGUGGAUGCAAAGCUAUGCGACAAUCGUACACAAUUCCAGGUCACAGAGACCCCAUUAUAUUGUGUCGGUUAACUUUGUACUCAGUGAUAACGAAUCAAAGGACCUGAUAAUCAACGAAACCCAAACGGCCACGAAAGAGGAGUUGCCAAGUUCGCCGACGGUGGAAAGUGGCCACAAUCAAUCACCGUUGGCAACAUCGACGCGCAAGUACCAUCCCCAUCCCUCGCCCCAAUCGGUCGGUCCCCGGUUGACCGGCGGUGGUGCCAGAUUGACGGUAGAACCGCCGGAUCAUCAGUUUAGCGACUCGAACGGAUCGCGACAUUUUGGUGCUCAGUUGGACUACGAACAAAACAACGUCCUAUUUCUACACGCGAAUAACGCUCACCAAGAGGACACCAGUCCGUACUACCAGAACGUGGACGUCUACUAUCCGUACACCGAUCCGGAAUCGUCGUACUCCGCGGUGACGUCACAGAGUAGACCGUUCAGCGCCUCCUCCAACAGCUGUAGCUCCACCGAGAGCACGUCAGCUACGGAAAACGCUCCUCACCACUACAACCACCACCACCACCCCCAGGGGGUGCUCGUGGGGAACGUCAAGGGCAACAUUAACUCGCCUCCCCAGUUUGGGAUGAACAACGGAUGUUUCAAUUCGCAUUCAAGUCCCUCUCACGUGCAAAAUGUCAACUGGACUAAUUCGGGGGUGCACCAUCCCGAGUUUAAGCACGAGUUUACGCAUCACGUGCCUCAUAAUGCGGGGUUCACAAGUGUCAUUGUUGAUAAUCAGCAGUACCAGUUGACUAAUGAAUACGUUCAUUGAGCAUUAUGGCGUGCACCUCCCUUUUGGACCAAUGUUUUAUUAUUAAGUAGCAUAUCCAAUAUUAUUUAUUUAUUUUAUGUUUCGUUCUUUAUACUGUGAUGUAAUAUAAUAGUAGGACGUUAAAAAAUAGUGUAAAUGUUACCAUAAUAUGUUCGACAAUAAUGCAAAGACUGAGAGUAUGAUUGAUCGUUGCUUAAUAUAUUUUGUAAAUAUUGUAAAAAUAUCAUACACCUGUGUAAAUAUAGUUUCGGUAUUUAGAAAUAGUAUUUUGUAAUACGUAUAUCAUAAAUAAUAUAUUUACCAGUGAUUUUAGGAUAGAGCAAUUGCAAGCUGUAUGGUUUCCAAUCAAACGUGUAUCGAUUCUAAACAGAUGUAAUAAAAAGUAUACUUAUUAA